UUUCUCUUCUGUAGAGCAUGGAUAGCAUUACCUGACAGCCAGCAAGUGUCUAUUUUCCCCCCUUUUUGUGUUGAUCUUUCUGGAAUUCAAUACAUUUCAGGCAUUGAUGAAUGGCCAGGAAAGCAAAUUCACAGUCAUAACUAUCGCAUUCCAGAGCCUUUUCAAGAUCAGGUUGUGGUGCUGAUUGGCAGUUCUGCAAGUGCUGCUGAUAUUUCCAGAGACAUAUCUAAAGUUGCCAAAGAAGUCCACGUUGCAUCUAGAUCAGAUCAAAUUGGACUCCUUGGGAAGUUGCCCGGCCAUGAUAAUAUUUGGCUUCAUUCCAUGAUCAACAGUGUUCACAAAGAUGGUAUUGUGGCUUUUCAAGAUGGAAGCAAAGUCCAUGCAGAUGUUAUCCUAAAUUGCACUGGGUACAAGUAUCAUUUUCCUUUUCUUGAAACCAAUGGCAUUGUGACUGUGGAUGACAAUCGAGUUGGUCCACUUUAUAAGCACAUUUUCCCACCAACCUUGGCCCCAUGGCUUUCAUUUGUUGGCUUGGCAUGGAAGGUUGCACCUUUCCCCUUCUUUGAGUAUCAGACCAAGUGGAUCGCUGGAGUUUUAUCUGGUCGAAUUUUGCUUCCAUCAAUAGAGGAAAUGAUGGCAGAUACCGAAGCUUUUUACUCAUCGUUGGAAGCAUCUGGAAUUCCUAAGCGAUAUACUCAUAACCUUAGUGGUUAUCAGUUCGAAUAUAAUGAUUGGUUGGCUAGCAAGAUUGGUUGUAUGCCCUCGGAAAAAUGGAGAAAGCAAAUGUUUGAUGCAACUAGCUGUAGGCGAAGAGACGCACCUGAGACCUACCGUGAUCAGUGGCAAGACCAACAUUUGAUCUCAUUGGCGCAUGAAGACUUCAAAAAGUACAUUCCGGCUGUUGCGCAAUGACAAAAUGUUCAAAUGUUGCAUCAGAUAUCAGUCGUGUUGUAUGCUUUUAUCAGGGCAUGUUAUAUUUUAUAAGUGUAUAUCAUGUUAUAUGCUUAAUAUAUGGUUGUCAUUAAGAUUUCUCUCUCUCUCUCUCUGAAUAAUUGAAUAUCAAUUCAAUUACAUUUGUAAUUUUGGUGAUAAGCAA